AUGCCAUUUUUGGGCCAAGACUGGAGAUCCCCUGGAUGGCAAUGGGUUAAAACAGAAGAUGGAUGGAAACGAUGUGAAGCCUUCAGUCCUGCACUUGAGGAUGAGAAUAAUCAGCUGAAUGAUAUCAGUCACACUGUCAUCAUAACUGGUGAUGAUGAGGAUGAAGAAAUAUACAGUACUGAAGAUUGUGAGCUUGCAGCCAAAAAAAGGAGAAAGGAUCAUUUUAGAAAUAACACCGAUUCGCAGUGUUUUUAUCGUGAAAAGUGGAUUUAUGUUCAUAAAGAAAGCACCAGGGAAAGACAUGGCUAUUGCACUUUGGGAGAAGCUUUUAACCGCUUAGACUUUUCAAGUGCAAUUCAAGACAUCAGAAGGUUCAAUUAUGUGGUCAAACUUUUGCAGUUAAUUGCAAAAUCCCAGUUAACCUCCCUAAGUGGUGCAGCACAGAAGAACUACUUUAACAUCUUGGACAAAAUUGUGCAGAAGGUUAUGGAAGACCAAUACAAUCCACGACUAAUCAAAGAUCUUCUGCAGGACCUGAGUUCUACUCUCUGUAUACUGAUUAGGGGAGUAGGAAAAUCUGUGCUGGUAGGGAACAUCAAUAUUUGGAUUUGCCGAUUAGAAACAAUUCUUCUGUGGCAACAACAACUAAAAAACCUUCAAAUGAACAAGCAAGUCAACAACGGUCUUACACUCAGCGAUCUCCCUCUCCACAUGCUGAAUAACAUCUUAUACAGGUUUUCUGAUGGCUGGGACAUUAUUACUCUGGGUCAAGUGACCCCAACUUUGUACAUGCUCAGUGAAGACAGGCAAUUGUGGAAGAAACUCUGCCAGUACCAUUUUGCAGAAAAACAGUUUUGUAGGCAUUUGAUUCCAUCAGAGAAAGGUCACAUUGACUGGAAGCUGAUGUACUUUGCACUUCAGAAAUGUUACCCAACAAAGGAACAGUACGGGGACACCUUGCAUUUCUGUCGACACUGUAGUAUUCUGUUUUGGAAGGACACAGGACACCCCUGCACAGCCAGUGAUCCAAACACCUGUCUCAUGCCAGUGUCUCCUCAGCAUUUUAUUGAUCUCUUCAAAUUUUGAGAUGUUCAGUAACUGUUCUCCUGUGUAUGUGGCCAUUUUUGUGAAGAGUCAGGCAGGAUACAUUAUGCUUUUUGUGCAAUAUA